GGCGACGACUGAAAAUGAGGCAAAGCGUUAGCUCAGUGUCUUAGCUUGUUGAACAGACCACGACCAGUAGUGCUUUUAUGAUUUCCGUGAGAGAGAAGUUAUGAAUGGCAAUGAGACGAUAGCACAAAAUACCGUGUGAAAAUAGGAGAACUUUCUAACCAAGGAACAAAACUCCAUAUCUCUGCUAAAAGAAUGGCGAUAUCAGCUUACCCACUGAAUUAAUGGACAUUGGACAUCAUUUGGACGUCGAGCAAGCUCGGAUCUCACUAGCUGGCGGCUCCCGUUGGAAGUUUCGCUCUCCGCACAUCCCGUCCCCUGGUGACCGCCGGCGCCCAUGGAGCCGUGCCCGGCCUCUGACGCGCGGCUGGAGCGGCUGGCGCACGCGGCCUACGGCUGGUGCUCGCAGGCCAUCUGCGCCGUGGGAGUGGUGGCCAACCUGGCCAACCUGCUGGUGCUGCGCCGGCCGCCGCUGCGCGCGCUCACCGUCUACACCUACCUGCUGUGGCUGUCCGUGGCCGACCUGAUCGGACUCUGCUUCUGCUCCGUGUUCGCCUAUCUGCUGUCGCAGGAGUCGGCGCACCCCUGCACCGGCGCGCCGCUGGCACUCGCCUUCUACGCCGCCCAUCUGAACAAACCUCUAACGAACACGUGCCUGGCGUCGGGGGUGUGGAUCACCUUCUGGCUGUCUGCUAACAGGCGAGUAGCGGUGACGCGGCCCACCUCGUAUCUCGCCGAGGAGACGGGCGACGUGGCCUUCCUCAGGAUCGCCUGCACCCUGGCCGUGUCCAUGACGCUGUUCAUGCCGAUGGUGUUCCAGUCUCAGGUAGAGCUGGAUGAGGAGAUUGGAGGGUACGUGCUGCGUCAGGAGGGGUUCACCUAUACCACAGCCUGGAUGGUCUACCAGUGGCUACUGCAGGUCGUCGUGCGGCUGCUGCCCGCCGCCGGAAUCCUAAUCAACAACGUACUGGUGGUGCGCGGCCUGGCGGCGAGGGCCGGCGGGCAGGUGUUUCCCGCUCCGGCCGCCUGGCGGCGGUGCUGCUGCAGCAGACCGACCACACAGGUGGCGCCACCGCCGGUGAUCGAGCUGGUCGAGUCGAGCGUGUACGGCACUGGAGCGAGUGUCGGUAGCUCGCCGAGGCAGAGGCGGCGCGCCAGCGGUCACCGGCUACGGGCCGCCUACAUGCUGCCGGCCAUCUCGGCUCUGAGCAUCAUCUCGAACGUGUUCUCUGCGCUGCUGUUCGUGUGGGCGGCCCAGGGCAAGAUGAAGCUGACCAAAGGCUACACGAGUUACCAAGUGUGGCGAGCAGUUGGCAACAACCUGGAGCUGUUCACGCUAGCAGCGAACCCGUUCCUGAACAUACUGUUCUCGCGUGAGAUUCGCAGUGGGUAUCGCAGGUUAUUGUUGGAGCAUAAGCGCUGUCGGAGGUCCGAUUAGAGCACUGACCAAAUACACGACGGACAAGCA